GAUUGGCUGCUGCAGACCCACCCCCUCGUCGGUUUGCGGGUCGGCGAAGCCUGGAUUGGUGGAGCUAAGAGCUGGCUCAGCAGCAGCUCACGCUCUUGGUUCAGGGCAGAGAUGGCGGCUGCGACUCGGCUGCUGGGGUGGCGUGUGGCGAGCUGGAGGCUGCGGCCGCCGCUUGCCGGCUUCGUUUCCCAGCGGGCCCACUCGCUUUUACCGGUGGACGAUGCAAUCAACGGGCUAAGCGAGGAGCAGAGGCAGCUUCGUCAGACCAUGGCUAAGUUCCUUCAGGAGCACCUGGCCCCCAAGGCCCAGGAGAUUGAUCGCAGCAAUGAGUUCAAGAACCUGCGAGAGUUUUGGAAGCAGCUGGGGAACCUGGGCGUAUUGGGCAUCACAGCCCCUGUUCAGUAUGGCGGCUCUGGCCUGGGCUACCUGGAGCAUGUGCUGGUGAUGGAGGAGAUAUCCCGAGCUUCUGGAGCAGUGGGGCUCAGUUAUGGUGCCCACUCCAACCUUUGCGUCAACCAGCUUGUGCGCAAUGGGAAUGAGGCCCAGAAAGAGAAGUAUCUCCCAAAGCUGACCAGUGGUGAGUACAUCGGAGCCCUGGCUAUGAGUGAGCCCAAUUCAGGCUCUGACGUUGUCUCUAUGAAGCUCAAAGCGGAAAAGAAAGGAGAUCACUACAUCCUGAAUGGCAACAAGUCCUGGAUCACUAAUGGCCCUGAUGCUGACGUCCUGAUUGUCUAUGCCAAGACAGAUCUGGCUGCUACGCCGGCUUCUCGGGGCAUCACGGCCUUCAUUGUAGAGAAGGGUAUGCCUGGCUUUAGUGCCUCUAAGAAGCUGGACAAGCUGGGGAUGAGGGGCUCUGACACCUGUGAGCUAAUCUUUGAAGACUGUAAGGUUCCUGCUGCCAACAUCCUGGGCCAUGAGAAUAAGGGUGUCUACGUGCUGAUGAGUGGGCUGGACCUGGAGCGGCUGGUGCUGUCCGGGGGGCCUCUUGGGCUCAUGCAAGCGGUCCUGGACCACACCAUUCCCUACCUGCACGUGAGGGAAGCCUUUGGCCAGAAGAUUGGCCACUUCCAGUUGAUGCAGGGGAAGAUGGCUGACAUGUACACCCGCCUCAUGGCAUGUCGGCAGUACGUCUACAAUGUUGCCAAGGCCUGCGAUGAGGGCCACUGCACUGCCAAGGACUGUGCAGGUGUGAUUCUUUACUCAGCUGAGUGCGCCACGCAGGUAGCCCUGGAUGGCAUUCAGUGUUUUGACGCUAGGAAAUGGGGAAAGGGAGAUGUCUCAGAGGUGGACCAGCCUUGUUUCCAUGCUGUGCGGUGGUUAGGAGCACAGACUCGAGCCGAGCAGCUGAGGUGGCAAUGGCUACAUCAAUGAUUUUCCCAUGGGCCGCUUUCUUCGAGAUGCCAAGCUGUAUGAGAUAGGGGCUGGGACCAGCGAGGUGAGGCGGAUGGUCAUCGGCAGAGCCUUCAACGCAGACUUUCACUAGUCCUGAGACCCUUCGCCCCCUUUUCCUGUACCUAGUAGCCUUUCUUGGCAAGUAGAGAUGUGGUGGCUCUCCCACCCUGCCCGCAGCAGGCCCUCCUGCCCAGCUGGUCUUGUUAGCCCUCUGGCCUCUGGAUGAGGUUGAGUUCUCCACAACAGCUCCCAAGCAUCAUGGGCCUCACAGCCGGGCCAGUGCCAGGACUAGUGUUCUGUGACUUAAAAUGGACUCAGCAGGAAGCAUAUUGUCUGGGGAUUGUUGGGACAGGUUUUGGUGACUCUGUGUCCUUGCUCUCUAACUUCUGAGCCCACUUCCCAGGGUAGGCACCUGGGGGCAUGCAGAUACCCGCCUCUUUCUCUUGGGUGAGCCUCUGGCAGGACGAUCUCUCUGCUCAAGCACAGCAGAAUCAUGGCCCCUCCAUGAAUUGGAACUUGGUGCAGGUUAAGUAUCCCUAAUCCUAAAAUCUGAAACACUUCUGGUUCCAAGCAUUUUGAUUAAGGCAUAUUCAACUUGCAGUCUCUUUUCUGGGGGAAAAAAAUAAUUAAAAACCUAGCCUAGCCAGGC